AUGGCGCAGUCUGCGCCGAGAGAUGGCGAUGGGUACAAGCUGCCCUCGACGCUUGCGACAGCCUACACCUCGCACUCCACGCAGGCACCCGAAAUAGCCGGCCAUGGCUUCGAGCAGGCACAGCAAGCUGGACAUGGCAACAACUGGCUCAGGUAUGGUGACAGAGCUCCAUGGCAGCAGCCGACGACGAUUUCGGCCUUUGGUCUCAACUCAACGGGCAAGGGUAUUCUCAUAGGAAUGUUGUCUGCCUUUGGCUCGGCGGCGCUGGUGGGCAUCGUCAUACUUGUCGUGUACUUCUUUCGCUAUACGAGUCGAGGGCGUAUCUUCUUGGAUCGGAUAAGUCGACCGGGAGAGUUUGACGAUGAGCAGUCGUUCCUGAGGGAGGAGGAGGAUGCAUUGGCUGAGAUGAGUGACAAUGAGCGGACGGACUACUUCAGAGCGAAGGCAUUCGUGCAAGCGAACCCUCCCGAGUCCGUCCAAUCCGAUAUAUCCUUAUCACAGUUUCUGGCAAUACAAGAGAAGGGAGUCUCAGCGUGGGAAUUUGAACCGGAAUUGGAAAUCGCCAACUGCUUCGUCGAGGCAAGGACGGAGAUCGAGUUCUUCGACUCCGAAUGCAGUGUGCAGAGCAACCUACCAAUGCCUAAGCAGAAUGAGGUGUAUUAUUGGGAAGCCAAGCUCUACGAUAAGCCAGAGACGACUCUGGUGAGCGUGGGCGUCACAACUAAGCCAUAUCCACUCUUCCGAUUACCUGGACUACACAAAUACUCGAUCUCGUAUCAAUCAAACGGCCAUCGACGCUUCAACCAACCAUUUAGCUCAACAGGAUACGGGCCACCUUUUGUGCAAGGAGAUGUAGUAGGAGUUGGAUACAGGCCUCGUACCGGGACAAUCUUCUUCACAAGGAAUGGUAAGAAAUUGGAAGAUGUAUGUCACGGCAUGAAGCUACACAAUUUCUUUCCCACGGUUGGCGCGAAUGGUCCCGCAACAGUGCACGUCAAUUUUGGGCAGAUGGGCUUCGUGUUCAUUGAGGCCAACGUUAAGAAAUGGGGUCUGGCGCCGAUGACGGGCAGCCUGGCGCCACCUCCACCAUAUGGCAGCGAAGCUGGGAGCAUUUUGCUUGAAGGUGGCCGGGAAGGGAUUCGCGAGGGGCAAGGUUGGGUGCCGGGUCAUGGUCGUACAAGUAGUGCUCAAAUACGACUUCAAGGCCGACCAACAAGAAGCCCUGGACCGGAGCGAUCGCCAACAGAUAUCUCACUUGCACAAUUCAACAUUAUGGAUGUGCAGGAAGAGGACGACCCAGGAGAAGGCAGAAGCGAGGCAUCAAGCAGCCAGCAGUUGAUCGAUCCAGGACUUCCACUCGAGCCAGCAGAGUUCCCACCACCUGAAUACGAAAGCCCGGAGGAAGAUGAUGCCACCGACUCAGAUACCACCCCACGAGCAAGCGGUGCUUUCGAGCCCGACGAAGAACAGCAACGCCUACUACGCAGUAACAGUCCACCUAUACCUACCUACGAAGCCGCAAUGAGCGAUGUCGAAGCCGGACGAGGACGGAGCUCUACCCGAACACGGCCACGCAGCGAAUCAUGA